GACCCUCUGGACCCCGGACGCUGUGUGAUGGUGAUCCGCUCGCUGGUUCCCGGCGGUUCGGCGGAGCGUCACGGCGGUCUGCUCCCCGGAGACCAGCUGGUGUCCGUAAACCACACCCAGCUGGACCUGCUGAGCCUGGGCCAGGCCGUGGAGGUGCUGAAGUCCGCCCCGCCGGGCGCGGUCCGCCUGGGCGUCCGGAAGCCUCUGGUGGCGGUGGAGCGAGCAGAGAGGAGCAGCCAGGUGUGUGCCGGAAACACACAGGUACCUGCAGCAAAG